AAGAGAUAGAUAUCAGAACAGCGAUGGAAAACAAACGGAGUCCUUGCUCUGUUGGUCAUAGCGGCUUCACUUCUUUGGCAUCGAAACGACAGAAGUCGAAAAAGGAUCGGAAAGAUCAGAUCGGUGAACGGAUUGUCGCUCUGCAGCAGCUUGUUUCACCAUACGGGAAGACAGAUACUGCUUCUAUCCUCCUGGAGGCAAUGGAAUACAUACGAUUCCUUCACGAACAAGUUAAGGUGUUGAGUGCUCCAUAUCUCCAAAACAUACCAACAAAUAAUUUUCCGGCUGAAAGUAAUUAUUGCCUGAGAAACCGAGGUUUAUGCCUUGUUCCGAUCUCGUGCACUACAGGAGUUGCUUGCAGCAGCAACGGUGCUGAUAUUUGGGCUCCCAUGAAGACCACAUCUCCCAAAUAUGACAAGGUUAUCUCACAAAUCAAUUGACACUUAACUUUCUUACAAAGGUAACCAAACAUUGUGACAAAUUUACAAGCCUGGAGCACUAAGGAUGAUGGUAGGCAAAAUUAUCUGACCUCGGUUCGAUAAUCUUGUAAUAAAAAUGUACUUACACCAUGGUAUUUUCAAGCCGGUACGGUGGAUGCAGUAACAAAGAGAGGUUAGGGGUGUAAAAAGGUCUUAUGUUU